AAUCUCUUCACUAGUUUCAACAAAUCCUCAAAGCAACUAGGUUUCGCAAUGUCCCCAAGAUUCUCAAGACAGGAGAAAGCCAAAUGGGUGGCCAGCCCAAGCAGAGACAGCCAACGUCCAUGUAGGCGUUCCCUGGUUCGUAUACCGGAGUGUGAUAACGGUGAACUCAUCGAGAAAAACAAUCUCACGCUAGUGGGAAGGGUCACAAAUGCCAAGAUCCAGCACCCAAAGGCUUUGGUACACUACAUGUUGCAGUUCUGGAACCUAGAAGGAGUCCCACAACACUACUGGACUGACAAGGCCCUGAAGUCUAUAGGGGAGGAUGUGGGUACUGUGGAGGCUGUGGACACAGAACAGGUCCGAGUUAGGGUAAACAUCAAUGCUUUGCUCCCACUAGAGAAGCAGAUUCCAGUUCUUCUGCCUACAGGAGAGACAACAAUGGUGGAUCUAGAGUAUGAAAAGCUGGAAAAACAUUGUUUUCAGUGUUUCUCCCUUACUCACGAGAAGAAAGACUGCCCAACACGUUACGACAACUCCAGGAAGGGCUCUCAAGAGUCAGAUAUCAAUAAAAACAACACUCUUCUCCGCCUGGUAAAUAACAAACGCAGACAGUCAAGUUCAAAGCCCGCCUCUAGAGAUUAUGCAAGACAGAAGGAAGACUACCCCCGACGGUAUGAGACUAGAUCUCCGGUGAAAAGCUCCUCAAGAAGGGAGAACCUUCACCCUCACUCUCACCGGAAAGAGUCUACCAGAUCGGUCUUUGCGGGUAGGCUAAGGGAUCACCCCUCUGAGUACAAAAACAGAGCUUCAGCUCGCAUAAGCCCAUCCAGAAACCUAAGGCGCCCCACUUUCCAGAACUCUAGAGAGCAGUUCCCUCCAAAGAGAUCUCAGCACUCAGAGUGGCGAAGACGCAAUUCCCCAAUUGCAUCCAGGAGCUUCCAAGCUACUCAUGAUAGCCAAAAAGGGUCAGUUAACAGUGCUCAAAGGAACUCCGUUGACUCCACCCCCGGGGACUCUGUUUCUCCCCCCCACCUCCCCUCGCUCCUCCGUCAAACAAAGGGAGAGACUUCCUCUUUAUCAAGGCGUCUCCAGGAAGUGAAUAUACAAUAUUUAGGGGAAGAAGAUCAGAACCUGAGCAGGCCGACCACAACAGUUCAUUUGGGAUCAUGCUCAGACCCCAUCCAUCCUACUCUGGGCCACCGUUUAUCCCAGGGAGAAGGAGGGAUAAUAGAAGAAGCCAGACCCCCUGCCCUGUCAAGAUUGGAGGUCGCACAGCCAACGGUUACAGUGUCUAUUCAGGCAAAACCGCCUAGAGGCAAAGCUGCUCCAAAAAGGAAGGUAGCAGCAGUCAAUAUACCGAGAGGAGCUAGAAGUCCUCUUCAGGAAGCUAGCACAAGGAAAAGAAAUGCCACUAGAACCAAAGGCAGCCCCUUAGCUGAGUUUUAUGAGAAGCUCUUCACUACAGCCACAAGUUCCCAGCUCAAAGUGGUGGAGGAAGCUAUCCAACCAAAAAUCUCGGAGGCCAUGAAUGCAAGGCUCAUCCGCAGUCCAUCAGACAUAGAGAUUCAUGUAGCAGUUUUAGACAUCAAUGCGGAUAAAGCCCCGGGGCCGGAUGGCUUUUCGGCAGGAUUCUAUCAUUCCUUUUGGGAGAUCAUAGGCGGGGAUGUCUCUCGAGAAGUCAGGGCUUUCUUUGACAGUGCCGAAGGAGGACUGGGUUUUAGGGACUUGGCUACUUUUAAUGACUCCCUUCUCGCCAAAAUAGGCUGGAGUCUACUGAAGAGACCGGAUUCUUUGUUGGCGCAGGUUCUUUUGGGUAAAUACUGUCACUCUUCCACCUUCUUGGAGGUUAAACCUAUGUCAAACGCUUCGCAUGGGUGGAGAGGGAUUCUGGCGGGAAGAGAUAUCCUCAGGCUGGGUCUUAGAUGGCUAGUAGGAGAUGGAGAGGACAUAAAUGAUAUUCGACGGAUACUACCUCACCGUGAGGAAGAUAUACUCAGCUUGGUAUUGAGCUCAAACAAAAGACCGGACCGACUGAGAUGGCUGCCAGUAAAAUCUGGAUCCUACUCCACAAAAUCAGGAUAUGCUGUUGCAAAGCUCGCCUCUGACCGCCUCCAGGAAGAAAGCUUCAACUGGAAAAUCCAAUAUUUGGAAGGUGCUGACAUCUCCAAAGAUACGUGUAAGAGAUGUGGAGAAAUCGAAGACGCGGUGCACAUUUUCCUCAGCUGCUCUUAUGCAGCACAUGUCUGGGAUCAAGCGCCACUACUCUACAAACCUAGAGCAGCUGACGUGGGAUCAAUGGAGAAGCUGCUGGAAAAGGGUCGAUCUAUCCUAACACUGCCGCCGGUGGGUUUAGGAGCCGCUCCCUUGUAUCCUUGGAUUCUUUGGUUCUUAUGGAAGGCCCGCAAUUUACUCAUCUUUGAGGAGCGGCUUAUCUCCCCUGCAGAGACAAUUCAGAAGGCCAUUACAGAGGCAAAAAGGUGGCAGAGUGCAAAGUUACAACAAGUCUCUCAAAAGCCAGCUCCGCAACCAAGACUUGGGACUGACGCAACUGCAUCUGUUCAUAGCGAGACUUUCCUCUGUUUCUCGGAUGCAGCUUGGCAGGCAUCCUCUAGAUUGGGAGGCAUGGGGUGGAUCAUCAAGGACCCCCUUAACUCUGUGUUCCUUCAAGGUUCAUCAUCAAGACCCUUUGUGACUUCGGCUCUAGAGGCUGAAGCUCUUGCUUUAAAGGCUGGUAUUCAAGCGGCCUUAGCUUCGGGUGUUUCAAGGCUGGCCUGUUUCUCGGAUUGUAAAGAACUUGUUCUUCUUCUCAAUUCCGACGGUCACGCGAAUGAGCUAGAUGGUAUCCUAACCGAUAUCACCUUGCUUGGUAGUAGCUUCCUUUCGAUCUCUUUUCAUUUUGUACCGCGCUUGGAGAACGCUCAAGCAGAUUUGUUAGCUAAGACUGCUCUCCUCUCAUGUAACACCUCCUCCCUCUCGGGAGUUUGAGUGUAUCUUAUAAAAUUGAAUGUUUGCC